AUGUCCACUACCGAUGCCGAUGCCAUCCUGGCGCUCGCCGCUUCCACAGCACUGCCUGGCGAAACACCACAUCGGGAGACUGAUGACACCACCCCAAGCCCACGGCCAUUCACUCGCUCACAAGCACUUUCCGCUGCAUCCGCGAAGCCGGAAACCAGUGACCGACUGAGGCAAACCAAACGCAAAGCCCGCCGCCAGCGCGCCUCGGACUUUGCUGUCUUUAUUGACCCUCCGACAUCGACUGAUGGAUCGAGAGCUACAGGACCGGCCCCCAAGAGGAGUAAGACUGCCCCGCGUAUUGCUCUCUCGGUCAGGACGACUGCAUCGGCGAACAGCACCCCCAUGCCAUCGCCUCGAACCCCCGAGACACCAUUCCCCUUCUCUUGCGAAGAUCCCCUGUGGGAGAAUAUUGAGAACUAUGGGCCUUCUUCUUCCAUGCCCACGGCACUGUCAUCGUCUGGUGUACCGUCCGAAAACGGGCCCUUUGUCACAACGCCAUCCGCUGGCCCUCCUCCACAUCGCUCGACACGUAGGCUGGGAGCCCGCCUGGCAAGUUCCUCGACUCGACGCUCCCCUGCGCUGCCUCGCAGCAUGGAGCUAUAUUCAAUCUUGGGGCUCAGUGACUUUGACGUUGGCAGCGAAGAGAUCACGGCGGCGUAUCGCAGGGCAGCCUUUGAACAUCACCCUGACCGUGCCAAUGAGAAUAAUCGUGAAGAAGCUACAGUGGCGAUGCAGCAACUUAACGCAGCCAGGGACCUGUUGUUGAAUGAGGGAUCUCGUCGCCAGUAUCACAUUGAUGGUCGGGUGCCAUGGGCCAAUACUGUCUAA